UAAAUUCACUCCAUCGCCGUCCCAUAACUACGAAACGUCAAAAUAAAAUAGUAAAAACGUAAACAAAUAAAAAAUUGCGAUCUCGAUGUCCAAAAUGGCCAAUGUUAACUCGAGUUUGGCGUACGAGAUAUUGCUUUACCUAAAUUCCUUCUAUUUAGGAAUGUUUUUCGUGUGUGAAAUUGCUAUGGGCAUUCUAAAGGCGAUAAAUGUCACAUAUCCCGAAAACGCUCUAUUGACCGAAGCUGGUAUAUUUUGCUUGUUGUGUUUUGUUGAAGUUAUCCGUAUUUUUUUAGGAAGGCGUGGCAAUUUAGCCAGUAAAAAAGUGCCAGUGUUUUUCUCAGUGCUGUUAACUAUACCCUGUGCGGUUGGUGUGUGUUACUUCCUCAUAUAUCAAACAUACAUCUUAAGAUUAGAAUACAUAUGGUGCGCUGUGAUGUUGAUGUUUCACGCCUUAGAGCUGACGUUCGCGAUUUUAUUCAUUUUUACUGUCUGUAAGAAUCAGCAGUUUGAAUAGAAUAGAUAUAAAAGUACUACCCCCUUGCCAAAUAAAUAUUAAUUGCC